UGACUAGCAGUGGCACAGUUGCCGACGGUGUGGUGUGUUUCGCGAGUGGUUCCACGAAUGUUGCAAACAUUUGACGAUGUCAUUGGAACAGCAGGAUAACGUUCGGUUUGCUAAGUUUAUUAGAAGAUACCCUUGCUUGUACGACUAUUCCUGCAGAACGCAUUCGUCCAGAGUGGAAACGGACAGUGCUUGGAGAGAUAUUUCGGUCGAGUUUAAUGCGUCAGUCCGAGACUGCAAGCUCAGAUGGAAGAACAUCCGUACCGUAUUCCGUCGGCACCUGUUCGGAAGUGUCGGCAUAACGCCAAAGAAGGACUACUACCUAAGCGAUGCGCUAAAGUUUCUGGUUCCGCUUAUGAAGGUUUCCAAAAAACAACAGGAUGAGGAAGGCUUCGAUGGGUACGACGACGAUCAGGAAGUAACCGUUAUGAUGGAGCUGGAAUCACAGGAUACGGAACCCGAAGAGAAGCCACUGGUUUUGCCUUCGGAACCAGAGAUUAUACUCAGCAGCUUACCAGAAACUGCCGAACACAGAACCCUGGAGACAACGCGACAAACCAAUUCAGUGCGUAAACGCAAAUCUCGAGACUCUCCUGAUGAAGUCGCAAAACAGUAUUACAGUAUGAAGGCGGACAGUGAGAACGGCGGUGGCGGCACCAGUGGCACCAAUGGCGGUAGCGGCUUUGUUCAUCAGGAUGAACUGACUGCCAAAUCUGACGAGCUGUUUCUGCUGAGUUUAAAGGAUGACAUGAGAAUGAUGACCCCGGUGCAAAAACGAAAGUUCAAACGACGGAUUUACGAUGUCAUCGAUGAGAUAUUGAUAAGCGGCGAUCCUCAACCCUACCAAGAGUCAUCGUACGAUCCUACCAAGGUGAAAAUGGAGAGUGAAUUUUUGAUCGAUUAAUGUAAGUUUGUGCUAAGAAGCAGUUAGAAUUGAUGAAUAAAUCUUAAUCACUUUGCAAGUAUAAU